GUACGCAUCGAUCUCAGAUGGAAUAAACGUUCGAACUAUCAAACACUAACCAGACCUUCGCAGAGCUAUUUUAAGAAUUGAUAACAUAAUCUUCCUUCUUUCUUGAUAGUUUUCUCCUGUUCGUAAGCCAGACUUUUGCCGUCUGUCGGGAAACAGAUAGUAGGAAAGAAAUUUUCAACUUAAACCUGCAGGAUCUAUUUUGAGAAAGCUACUGUGUGCGCGUAUAUAUCGGAUUUUUAACGCAUGUAUACACGAAACAUACUGAAUAAAAGCGAAGUGGUACGGUAAUGGUGGGAAUGGAUUCAGAUACAUUCUGAACGUUCUAUGUGUGCUUCAAGAUACUUGAGACUCAAACGUCUUACAUGAGAAGGUUUCAAUGAAUGAAGAUCGAUACGAUUUACAAUAGUUUAAUGGGAACCGAAUUCUUGUUUUAUUUAUUCUCUUACAGACUGAAUGUGGAGCUAGUGAGACAACAAUUCAUGAAUUAUUUAUGAAAUAACAAAGAAAAACUGUGAAGUAACCAGAUUCUUAUUUAUUUCAUUAUUGCAUGCUACUAACUAGUGUAAAUAGCAGGAAAGUGGGCCAUGGGAAGUAUAUCCAUGUAUGAUUGAAUUUAAUAAGGACAACACAGAGGUGGAAUAUGAUGUUUUGUCGACCAUGGUCAAGUUUAACACUAAUGGAUAAAUAGCGCACUUGCUCAUUGAAUCGAAAAGCUCGGAUUAAAAGGAUUACCACAAUUAGUUAAACCCUGACGUUAAGUCAGUCUUAUGCUCAUAAUCUGUUACCAGUGUUUGAUUGCAGGAUCGAGCUUCUUAAAGUGUUUGUGAUAAUAUAAUAUUAAUAUUCAAGCUGUUUUGUGAUUGUGAGAAACUGGUCACUUUGGGUUAGUGCUAAACUGGACUGCCGGAUAUCACCUGACCACCCCCUGGAACUGGUCAUUCGAAAGUUACUGGAUUAUCUGGGUGUCAUCCAGCUUUAAGUCAGUAUUUGGACAGUUUCGGAGUUGCCAGUUGGUCAGCUUCUCGUCAGUAUUUGGACAGUGUACGGACAGUAGCUGGACAGGGGUCAGUUGGAAGUAUGCAAUGCUGAGGGCGGGGUCAAUGGAAUGGACAGGGGCAUGUCGAAGUUUCGAUACCUCACCACCGCACUCUGUCUUCUGCAAGUGCUCCUGACGGUGCCGACAGCAUUAGCUGGGGAAGAAGAUUGUAUAGGAAAUGAAACGAUCGUUUAUGUGGCGGGCCGGGCCCCCAUCCUAUGUUACGACUGCUCGGCAGUGACUGAGGACCACCCUUGUAAUGAUCCCUUCAACGAAACCAUGGCGAAACAGGUAGAAGUGGUAAUGUGCAAGGAAUACUGCGUCAAGUGGACCAGGAAAACGCUUAGUGGCAAACGGUUGGUUCAGCGAACAUGUUCAAAGAACAUGGAAAUCAGCAUCCGAAAGACGGUCGUGUGUAUCCAUGAGUCGCGUCCCUCCGAGGGCCAGUUGUGUUUCUGUAACGAGGACAAGUGUAACACUGCCCCAAAGUCACGUCCGUUUAUAGGCAUCCGGGCAGCCAUUAGUCUUGCUGUGCUGUUUCAUGUAAUAUUGUUACGAUGUUUACGAUGAGUGUUCAUGUGUUUAAUCCUUUAUUAUGAGUACCAUAUGCGCAUAUAUACACUCUUGGGCGGAUUACUAGUUAGAGUAACGAAUGGAAUUGGCUUCGCAGGAACGAACUAUUGUGGCAAAAACUGUAUACACUUUCUUUGAACAGAUGAUGUAAACAUCGUUGCAGUGAAUAUGUACUUAAAAUGUGAUACACCCUGUCUGAUCCGAGAGGAGAGGGAUAUGUUAAGUUUUAUGGCAUUAGUUAAUGUCAAACUGUAGCUUCUUUUUGCAGUAGACAGUUAGUAUAAAGCAGAUUUGGUAAACAACGAAAGUGUAACUACUUGAAACUUGCUCAAAACCAACUUCUGAAAACAGCGCUGCCAGGGAAGAUCUACCGGAGUUCGGAUUUCUUCGGGUACCGCAAGUCUAGAAUAGACAAUGGAAUUUGCCGAGAUGUAACGGUUUAAUAAAUACCUGUUGGACCUUUUGAUAGACAGAUAUUGAGUUAGUUAACCAUGAGAUUAAGAGUAUAAGAAUGUUUUUGUAUUAUUAGAUGUGUAUGUAUCCUUCACUUUCUGUGCAAACAUUGCUUCUGAUGUAUACUUGACCUUGCUGAAACAGGUUAGGUUUAUUUCUUAACAAUGUAUAUCCACAUCAUUUUAUCAUCAGUAUAGUCUUUAAGAUUUAAAGAAACUGCAUUAUAAAUGAAGCAAAAUACCAGUUUAAAUCCGCAAGUUUCUACAAACGCUACUUGCUUAUAUGGCUGCAUAACCUUGUCAUUUCAUUAAAUAGAAUAACAGCCGCAUUUAUUAUGCACUGAUAUAUUUGUAUAGUAUUGCAUCAAUAGCAAUAGAAAAAUUACCAGCCUUUUUGAAAAGCAUUGGUGAUGUGAAAACGUCCAUACAUAUUGACCGAUUGGCAUAUGUUUUGUUUUGAAGUCUGUGAGGUUCCCUAUAUUUAUUAAUUGGCCGUUUACAAAAUGCAUAUCGACUGAAAUUGGAAAUAAACGUCGGAUUAUGACAGUUAUUGUUUUAAUGGCACGCUUUGUUUUGUGUCAAUAUCGACUUGAAGCUGCUAUUAAAGAUAUUACGUCUAAACAAUCUGAAGACAUUUCCAUAUAUCUGAAACUAAUACAAUUUAAGAUUACUGGUAUGUUGCAGUCCAAAUAAUAGUAUGGCAAAACCUUGUCUUGUUCUAGUAACACAUAUCUAAGUUGAUCGGUAUAUGAAAAGAUUUGUUUUAAUUAAGAACACUAUUUAACUACUAAUGAAGCUGUUUGCCUUUAUAUCUGCUUGACUUUUUCUGAUCACACUUGUGAUUUCCAAAAUUAGAUGGAAAUUUGCAAGUCUUCGCACAUAAAGUGAUAAAGUAACCUUAGUAUGACUUGUAAGUAUCUGAUAUUAAAUGCAGACAUUUGCUAUGCACAUAUUCGCGUUCGUUAGUAGAAUGCCUCAUGUAUCACUAUGCAAUUUUAAACGUUGAUGUUUUUGCACAGAUGUGUUUUAAUUCUAAAUGAUAUGCCGCAUAAUGUGUUUAUAGAGUCUGUAAUUCCUUCAAAAAGGUGAACUUUUUGUUUAUUAUGUUUGUUAUUCCUUAUCUGCCUCGUUUUAUACUUAUAUGAAAGUAUCACUAUUUAGGUCUUGUUUAAUACACUGAUACAGUUUAAUGUAUUUUAGGUCUAACUAGUUUGUCACAAUUUCGCAUUUUGAAAUAGACUUAAAUGUAAAAGGAACCAAGCUUUUUAAUGGAAUAUACCUAUUUUGCUUUGCGAAAACGGUAGCCAUGACAAUAAUUUAAAUUGUUUAUAACCAUUUUAGACACUUAUAAUUUUGAGUAUUUUAAAUACUUAAUUGUACAAUCGUUAUACAAUUUUACUAUUACAGUUUUUCUCAUAUACUUGCUGAUAUAGAUUACUAUGUGUAUCAUGUUUAGUCAUAUGAUACUUUUAUAAACUAUAUUAUGUUUUUACUUCAGUUGUAGGAUUUGUCUCCUUUCUUAAUUGUCCAAAUGUUAUUAACAUCAAAUGCUAAAUGUAUUUAUCAAAAAUGAGAAUUUCUCGGAUGAUUGUCUGACACUGAUUGUUUUUUAAUUGGUAGAUGUAGAAUAAUGUACUGCACUAUGUGUUACGUAUUUGCAUGUCAUUGAUCGUAUCUGAAGUUAUUUGAACUGUUAUCGUUUACACAAUGUUUUAAAUAAAUGACACAUUUGA